AUGCGUCGGUGUACACUGCAGGCAAAGAACUCACCAGUUGACUGGAAAACACGUGUGCGGCGCGGAGUGCAGCGACUCGUGCGGCAAUAUGUGCCAGACCCGCGCGAUGCCCCACUGACGGAGUUGCCAAUGAGUGCAGAUGCAUACAAGCGAACGUACUUGCAACAAGAGGGCGGUGUGCGGGUGGGCAUGCGGCCCGGACAGUCCGUAGAGGAUUACAUGGCAGAACGAGAUCAGAAGUGGUUAGAGGCUCAACGCAUCACAACAAGUCGAUUAGUGAAUGAACAAAAACUGCACACAACUGCAGAUGGACAACUCUUUACAGGUACAGGUACUCGUGAGGCGUAUAUGGAUGUGGAACACGCAAACCGUCUCGUCAAGUCACCAAAGCCAAGUGACUAUGAAGCAGAUGAGGAAUUAGUGCUCAUGCGACGACAGUUGCAGGUGGAAAAUGAGGCGGAGUACCGUAAGUUUAUUGCAGAGUCUAAACGUUCAGAAAUGACAAUGGGAGAAACACAGAAACGCCGAAGACCACACCCGAGUGAUCCAACGUAUGAUCCUUUUAAGAUAUGCCCUGGAUAUAGACCACAAGAUAGUGUCGCACUGGCACAGUGGUUAAAACGACAACGUGAGUCUGGUAAAACGGCGAGUGGACUUUCUCUUCAAACAAAAGAAGGUCAAGAAAGAUUUUACAAUGAAGAAAAGAUGGCGACCCAAUUUCAUGCGAAUCCUUUUUCUGCACGUGUGGAAGAACCUCGUGGAAUGACAAAGAUGCGUAUCACUGCAUAUUCACCUGAUAGUAUUUUUGUUAAUGAUAAAGAAGUUAUUGGUUCCUGUAUAGUAACGGAUAAAGCAUAUUAUCACUGGAACAUUAGUAGUUUUGAAGAAGUAAAUGAACGUACUAUGGCACUUUUACUUCAUUUAUAUCCUGUACCUGAUGUUAUUUUUUUAGGAACAGGACGAAAUUUACAUUUUAUCGACGAAGAGCUGCGCAUCGCUUUUCAGAAGCGUGGCUCCGUAAUUCACUGUCUUACAACUCCACAGGCAUGUGGACACUUUGGUGUACAACUCUCUGUAUCACGCCGAGCUGCACUUGCCGUUAUUAAUCCUGUCCCUACAAAUGGCUAUGGUGUAGAGUGUUUUGGUGAUUUUAUUGAAAAUGACAUGUUUUCCCUCUCUGAUACCCAACUUGGGGUUCCACCUAUUAAACAAUUUUCUUCCACUAUGUUUAAACCCAACAAAGUGGCGGAGAAGUAUCGACAUAUGCAAGGAACUGGUUUUGGUCCAAAGUAUCAUCAAAUGAGUGAUGGUAGAUUAGUGCGUCCUGGGACAAGCGGUACAAAGUUACGACCAUUAUUAGAACCAGGUGAAGAAGUACAGUGGGAGCAACUGCCUUCAUACUACCACUGGUACCCUAAGGAACACCUGCAUGAUUACAUAGAGAAUACCACUAUGCGAGAAAUUCAAGGGAAACCGACUGGUGACCCAUUGGAAAAACGUUUAUAUCAAGCGAUGCGUGGAGGGAAGUCCGAAAAGGAUGAAACCCCAUCACCGGAAUUGGCACCGUGGGACUCUGCUUCUAUUCCCAUCACAAAGUUUCCACAUGAACGUAAUGAAGAAGAGAUUGUUGUGGAAGAUCCGAAAACGGGACGUAUUAUUGGUAUGGAUCGUGAUACCUACGAACGGUGGCGUGUUAUGAUGCAAGAAAGACGUGAAGGUAAACCAGAGAGUGAUCCCGUUGAGUACGAUCAGGAAAGGUUCGUAACAAACAAAGAUGGUGUUGUCUUUGAUUUGUCCAAGAUGAAGUAUAGACCAAUCUUUGAAGGACGAUGGAACCCGAGACGUCCACAAAGUACUGGUAGAACAAAUCCAAUCAUGACAUAG